AUGUUGCGCCUGUCAUUGAGACACAUUUUGAGACCGUCAGUACCAGGUUUGAGGCCGGCGAUUGGGACACCAAGGAAUAUUUCAAUUGUUGGCUCAGGACGAGGGCAAGGGCGUUUCAAGGCCGAAGCGUGUCCUGCGAAACGCGCGCCAGCCCCGGUCAGCGAGAGAUUCAUGUCCAGAUACCAGUUUCCCGAUGAACAAGGAACGCCUCCAGAUAAAUUCGAUUUCCUGAGCCUUGAAUCGUUUGAAAACAUGUCGCACAAUCCAAAGUUUUGGUUACCACCGCCAGACCCUGACAGUGCGCUCUCGACCGCGUAUCUUGUCCUUGUCCGGAUGAUCAUGUACAUGGGCCGUCCAAAGGAAUCGGACGAGGAGAGAAACAAACACUGGGAGAUUUUGAGUUUGCGGUUACCCCACCAACUUCCGAAAUUGGGCGUGCUAGAACUUGCGUUUCAAUGUGUACCAGCGUGA